AAAAGAGAGAAAAUUUGUGAUAUUUCACCCUUGAUUUCACCUGCUUAACCAUGUCAAUGUCCAAAGAACUCACCACUGACGCCCUCCCGAAAGCCUCGGCUCGUUUGUCAGUGGAGAACAUAUCUCUGGAGGAUCUGGAUAUGUUGGAGAGAGAUUUGCUCUUCUUGGAAAAGGUUUCUGUGUGUUUCCUGUUGUGCCACGAGAUUCGGGAUGCAUCUUUUGUUUUGCAGCAGCUUAUGGUCGCUUUCCGGGUGUUGAAAGGCAAUAUUGUGAGUGGCACUCGAAGAAAACCUCACGACACCACGAUAAUCUCUUCCUGGGCCAGAAGUCAACUGGAAUACAAGUGGAAAGAGCAUUUGGUGGAGGCUCUGGCCAUUGUCAAGUGCAACAGAGUGCUUCAGAAGUUAGGAUUUGAUCUGCAAGACCUUCGAGAGACUUACCAUCCUCUGAUUGAUGAGUUCUGCGUCCAUGUUCAUCCAAUUCUCAAGAUUCUCUUCCGCAUGUGUGAAAAACUGUCUUCGGCUGAGGGUCUGAAGAUGAUCCACCACAUGAGGAGGAAGUAUGACGAUUGUGGGGAGUUUGGCGUGGACUCACAUAAGUAUUUGGAGCUGUAUUUGCUGAAUUGGCUGCAAAGCAGCAAAGGAAUCAUCUCGAUUGGGGAUGCAAAAGGUGCUGGAGCGCAUUUUGAGCAGCUUCUGGCAUUUCUCAAGGAGAAUGAAAUGGAUGAGUUCUACGAGAAGCUCAAGAGAUUCACCACAAUUGCCUCGGAUGCCAACAUUGAGGAGAAAAUCACUGGAAAAAUGACGAGAAGGUGUGAAGAAAUGACCAUUUCCAGUGAUUCCUUCCAAAUCGACACUCAGAACAUGGGAUAUGCGCUGAUAUUGAAUCAGUCGGUAUUUUAUCGUGAGGAAAACAGGAAAGAAGACUACUUGUUCCUCACGGGUGACCUGGAGACGCGUUACGGGACGGAAAAGGACGUGGAGAGUCUCGAAAAGACUUUGAGUGCCUUCAAAUUCACAGUAAUUGUGAAGAAUAACCUGAAAGACAAUGAAAUCCUGGCCACGAUUCGAGAGUAUGUUGACAAAACCACCAGCAAACACUCUUCUCUGAUCGUUGUGCUUCUCUCGCAUGGCUUUGAGGGCGCAAUUUAUGGGGCCAACAGCAUUCCAGUGGAAAUUCGCACGGUGAAGAACAUUCUGUGCACAGAGAAGCUGAGGAACAAGCCCAAGGUCCUCAUCAUCCAGGCGUGUCAGAGCAAUGAGGGCUUCACACAGGGGCGCCUUGUCAGCGACGCCCCGUCCAGGUUCUCGAAUCUCCUGACCGCGUGGUCAACAGUCGAGGGCCACUUGUCCAUGCGACACACAAAACAGGGCACGUGGUACAUCCAGACACUGUGCGCGAAGAUCCUCGAGUUGCACACGAGCGAACACUUGCAGGACAUUCUCACGCGCGUGGCGAACGAUGUGAGCGCCAAAAAAGGCGAUGACGGCGAAAGAAUGGUGCCAAAGAUUGACUCUACGCUGCAGAAGAAGCUCUUCUUGCCGCCACUCAAUUUGUGA